AAGCAACUCCACCACCACCACCACCACCACCCCUUUAUUUUAUUUUGAAAAGUGGCUGGGAAAAAAUAAAACAACAGCCAACCAAAUCAAUCCCCCCCCCCCCCCCCCCCGAAGGGCCGAGGUCUCGCCUUCCUCAGCGCGGGGCAUGGCAUCAAACAGCAUCUUCGAUUCCUUCCCGACCUACACACCGACCUUCAUCCGCGACCCGAGCACCAGCCGCCGCUUCACACCCCCCUCCACGGCCUUCCCCUGCGGCGGCGGCGGCGGCAAGAUGGGCGAGAACAGCGGCGCGCUGGGCGUGCCGGCGGCCGGGGGGCCCGGCGGGCGCGCGCGGCCCGAGGUGCGCUCGAUGGUGGACGUGCUGGCGGACCACGCGGGCGAGCUCGUGCGCACCGACAGCCCCAACUUCCUCUGUUCCGUGCUGCCUUCGCACUGGCGCUGCAACAAGACGCUGCCGGUGGCCUUCAAGGUGGUGGCCCUGGGGGACGUGCCCGAUGGCACGGUGGUGACGGUGAUGGCGGGCAACGACGAGAACUACUCCGCCGAGCUGCGCAACGCCUCCGCCGUCAUGAAGAACCAGGUGGCCAGGUUCAAUGACCUCCGUUUCGUGGGCCGCAGCGGGCGAGGGAAGAGUUUCACCCUGACCAUCACCGUGUUCACCAACCCCACCCAAGUGGCCACCUACCACCGAGCCAUCAAGGUGACUGUGGACGGACCCCGAGAGCCCAGACGGCACCGGCAGAAGCUGGAGGACCAGGCCAAGGCCUUCCCCGACCGCUUCGGGGACCUGGAGCGGGUGCGCAUGCGGGUGACGCCCAGCAUGCCCAGCCCCCGCGGCUCGCUCAGCACCGCCAGCCACUUCAACAGCCAGGCCCAGACCCCCAUCCAAGGCACCUCGGACCUGAACCCUUUCUCCGACCCCCGCCAGUUCGACCGCUCCUUCCCGGCGCUCCAGACCCUCACGGACAGCCGCUUCCCGGACCCCAGGAUGCACUACCCGGGGACCAUGUCGGCGGCCUUCCCCUACAGCGCCACGCCCUCGGGCGCGAGCAUCAGCAGCCUCAGCGUGGCCAGCAUGCCGGCCGCCAGCCGCUUCCACCCCACCUACCUCCCGCCGCCGUACCCGGGGGCCACCCAGAACCAGAGCGGGCCCUUCCAGGCCAACCCGUCCCCGUACCACCUGUACUACGGCGCGUCCUCCGGCUCCUACCAGUUCUCCAUGGUGGCCGGCGGCGGCGGCGACCGCUCGCCCACCCGCAUGCUGGCCUCCUGCACCAGCAGCGCCGGCUCCGUGGCCACCGGCAACCUCAUGAACCCCAGCCUGGGCGGCCAGAGCGACGGCGUGGAGGCCGACGGCAGCCACAGCAACUCGCCCACCGCCCUGAGCACGCCGGGCCGCAUGGACGAGGCCGUGUGGAGGCCCUACUGACCGCCCGCGUCGGCGCGGACCGCUCCCGGCCGGCUCCGCGGCUCAGGCGGGAGGGAGACCCGGGCCCGUGGCCGUGGGCCCUGGGCCCUGGGCCCGGAGCUGGUGGGAGGCUCCGAGAGCACCUGGUCCAGCCGAGUCUUUGUACAGAGGGGUGAGGACCGGCCCCUGGACCCCUACCCCGAGCCCAGAUCCUGUCAUCUCAUCCCACUGCCCGGUGGGAAAAGCAUCCUCCUGCCGUCUCCUGACCCGGCGACCGGCUGUGCCUGCGCGGUCACCGGCCCUGGUCUCGGAGGACAGAGACCCUGUCUGCUCCGGAGAGAGGCAGCGCCGGCCCACAGUCUGGCCUCUUACCCGCAGGGCCCUGGAGUCGCCUCCCACCCUCACCCCCGCCUCCACCCCCACCCCCUCAGAGACCCUGCACCUCAUGGGCCCAGCCCUUCCUCCGCAUUUACACAAAUCGAGGCAGAACUGGAAGGUCCCCCUCCUCAGAGGGGCACCCCUCACUGUACCCUCGCCCAAGGGCACAGGCUGCACGGACUCCCGCGUCCGAGUUCUCUGCUCCUGGGGAAAGGGCCUGCCCGAUUCCAAAGAAUCGCCGGCCCAGAUGAGAUGAGAGCACCCCCUAGCCAGUCCCCCCUCACCCCCGCCCAAUCCCUCGCAGCUAAGCAGCCCCCUCCCCACCCAGCUGCCUGUGGGUCCCAGGCCCGGUGUCGGCAGCCUGUGGCAGCAGGUUCCUGAAACC